AUGGGCACACUCCGGGACCUCCAGUUUGCCCUGCAGCUUAAGAUUGAGGAGCUUCGCCAGAGGGACACACUCAUAGAUGAGUUAGAGCUGGAGUUGGACACCAAAGAUGAGCUCAUUCGGAGGCUGCAGGAGGAACUGGACCGCUAUAGAGCCACCGUCUCUCUCCCAGGACCCUCUGCAGUCACUGCUGGGUGCUCAGCUCAAGACGAGGAGUGCGAGAGAGCCAAAAGGAAGACGAUCAUUUGUGAACCCGUCGCCCCGGACCCUGUGACUCUCACAGCAAUUUCCCACACAAGCUGUGACAAAAGCCCAGAGUCCCAGAGGCUGAUUCAGGCAGCAUUUUUAAAGAAUGACUUGUUGAAGAACCUUGACAGCGGGCAAAUCAGAGCUAUCAUGGCCUGCAUGUACGCCACCACCAUCAGCAUGGGCUGCUGUGUCAUUCAGGAGGGAACCACUGGAGCUCUGGCCUAUGUAUUAGAGGAGGGGAAGUUGGAUGUGACAAAGGAUGGUCAGAGGCUACUCACAGUUGAACCAGAGUCUGUGUUUGGGGAGCUGGCACUGUAUAAUUGUACCCACCCCUGCACCAUAUCAGCGCUAACAGACAGCAAACUGUGGGUUAUUGACCGACGGAGCUUCCAGACCGCACUUAUGCAGAGCGCUCUCAGCAGCCUAGCUCAUUCAACAGAGCUACUUGGCAGCGUUCCCUUCCUGCAGUCACUACCACAAGAUGUCAUCAUGAAAAUGUCUGAUCUCGUGGAGGAGACACACUAUAGUGAAGGUGACUACAUCAUUCGACAAGGGGCCACAGGAGACACUUUUUACAUCAUUAGUAAAGGCCAGGUGAAAGUGACAGAGAAGACGCCAGGUCAUGAAGAGCCGGUGGUUCUGUCCAAGCUCUGUGAGAGACAAUGGUUUGGAGAAAAGGCUCUGUGGGGAGAUGAUGUGCGAGCUGUGAGUGUGAUUGCUGCGGGGGAAGUUACAUGCUUGGUAAUAGACAGAGAGGCUUUCAAAAACAUCAUUGGUGGUGCAGUAGACGACAGCCAUGAUGUGCAGCACAGCAAUGACUCAAAAGUCGAGUCAGACAGGGAUCCCGCGCUCCCCUCGGCUACGACUUUAAAGGAUUUCCAGGUUAUUUGCAGUCUGGGAGUUGGGGAGUUUGGUCACGUAGACCUGGUGCAGCUGAAGGGCAGCGUCAAGUGUCCCUUGGCCAUGAGAGUGCUCAGGAAGAAUCUGAUUCUUAGCGGUGAACAGCAAGACCACAUCCUGAGAGAGAGACACAUCCUAAUGGAGGCUCAUAGCCCAUUCAUAGUGAGGCUAUAUCGCACCUUCAGAGAUGCCAAGUGUUUGUACAUGCUAACAGAGGCUUGUCUCGGUGGUGAUCUUUGGAGUCUACUGAAGGAUAGGGGUUCCUUUGAUGACUGCAGCAGCCGCUUCUACGCUGCCUGUGUUGUCGAGGCGCUGAUCUUCCUUCACUCUCGCCGUGUCGUCUACAGAGAUCUCAAGCCUGAAAAAGUUGUUUUGGACGAGCGCGGAUAUGCCAAACUGAUGGGCUCCAGAUGCGCCAAGAAACUUGAGGUGGGUAAGAAAACGUGGACGUUCUGCGGCACUCUGGGCUACAUGGCUCCUGAGAUCAUCCUCAACAAGGGCCACAGCGUUGCUUCGGAUUUCUGGUCGCUUGGCGUUUUUGUUUUUGAACUUCUGACUGGCAGCCUCCCAUUCGGCGGGCCUGAUCCCAUGAAGAUAUUCACCGCAACCAUCCGUGGCAUCGAUCAGAUCAGCUUCCCAAAAACCAUCAGCAAAAGUGCCUCCAGUCUCAUAAAGAAACUGUGCAGGAGCAAUCCCUCUGAGAGACUGGGGAGUCAGAGAAAUGGGGCCAAGGACAUCCAGAAGCACAAAUGGUUUGAAGGAUUCAACUGGGACGGACUUUGUAAAGGCACCUUAAACCCACCAGUUAUUCCCAAAUCCAAGCAUCCCUCGGACAGCAGCAGAUGUGAUCAUUAUUCUGAACAUUUUGACGGCUCUACGGAGCAGCAGACAGACUGGGACAGGGAUUUCUGAUUGAUCGGAUGUGAUCCGGGUUGUGAACUGCAAAUGAACCGAAGAAAAACUGCCAAACAAUACAUCAUUGUGCCCAAGAUCCAUUCUGUUUUUUUUUUUGUUUUUUUUUGCCUCAUAACUAAUCCCUAAGUUAUUGCCAUCAGUGAGGCUGCGGCAGGAGAAAAAGUGGCAAAACUUCAACCUCCAGUCGGAAAUCUUCAUGAUGUAAUCAGCCACCACAAAAUUAAUCAGAUUUUCUGGGUAAAAAUAGGCCUGUUGUCCUUAAAUGCCCACUCUUCAUGUAACCCAACUGUUUUUAUACUACUCAUU